CACUCGUUUACUACGCGAUUCGUUUGCUUGGACGGGACGGCUGUGUGUUAUUUGUUCCGGAGCGCCAGCACAGUGGGGCGGCCGCGCGCGUACUUCUUCGCAAAGAUGUCGGUGAAUCUAGACGACUGGGGGGGUCCUUUGAGCCUCCCGGAGGUAGAGGAGAAGCCGGCGUAUCAUCUGCGGGUCAGCUACGGGGCGCUGGAGAUCGAUGAGCUGGGGAAAGUGUUCACUCCCACCCAGGUUAAGAAUCCGCCGACGAGCAUCGAGUGGGAUGGCUGUGACCCAGACAAACUCUAUACCUUGGUGCUUACUGACCCGGAUGCGCCAAGCAGGAAAAACCCAAAGUUCAGGGAGUGGCACCACUACCUGGUGACCAAUAUGAAAGGCAACGAUAUCAGCAGUGGCUGUGUCCUGUCGGACUACGUUGGAUCCGGACCACCUAAAGGGACAGGCCUCCAUCGCUAUGUGUGGCUUAUCUACGAGCAGCCACAGGAGCUGAAAUGCAAAGAACCCAUCCUCGGCAACCGCUCCGGGGACAAACGUGGCAAUUUCCAAGUGAUGACUUUCCGUAAGAAGUAUAAGUUGGGGCCUCCUGUGGCGGGCACCUGUUACCAGGCUGAGUGGGAUGACUAUGUGCCCAAGCUCUAUGAGCAAUUGUCUGGGAAAUAAAACCAGCCUCUUCCACCCCACCCCAGGACCUGAUUUUUUCCUCUAGAACAGAGUUCUUCAACCUUGGGUCUCCAGAUGUUGUUGGACUACAACGCCCAUCAUUCCUGACGGUUGGCUAAACUGGCUGGGUGUGGUGGUAGUCCAACAACAUCUGGAGACCCAAGGCUUGAAGGCUAUCCUAGAACACCCAUCUCCUGUAGUAGUAAGUUGGUAUUAAGUUGGUUUGAAGACUAACAGUGACCCCCCCCGCUGCUCCUGAUGCUCACAUGGGGACACAUCCUGUUGGUUUGGCAAGAUGGUUGGCUACACUGGAUAUUUAUUUAUUUUAUUUUGUUGCAUUUAUAUCCCGCCCAUAGCAAAUAGCUCUCAGGGCGGCAAACAGCAUAGAAUAAAAUACAUACAUCGUAAUAAUAAGAUCACAAAGCAUAUAUAACCUACAGAAAAAAACAAAAACAAAAUACAAUUAAACAAAAUAUCAGAAGAUAAAAAGGUCAAUAUACAAGAUUAAAACUGAAAGGAUAGUGUCUAGGGGGGGAGGGCAGUCAGAGGCUUGGUAAUUUGUUAGCGAAAAUGACUGUCGCAAAAUGACCCUUUUGCAGCCCUGAUUGCGGGUUUGCAAAAAUAUCGUGUGGCAUUUUGCAGAGCAACAUUACUUUGUAACAUAAAUUUGGGGGGCUUCUGGGGAUUUAAACAUGGCGGCUAGCAGUACAACUGGGCUGGGAUCAUGCUGGUGAGUUUAGGGCCGUCAUCAAAAUUUCCCUCCACAUCCUUGAAAUACAAAGAGGAAAGGCAGUUACCCCCCUUUUUUAUUUUUUUCAUUGCUUUCCCUUCCCCCGAUUAAAAAUUGGGCUGAACUUGCAAAUAUUCACACAUUUGGCCUGGGCCUGUAACAAGGAACAAUCCAGCUUCUUAGCUAGUCUAAAUUUCCGACAAACUCUGAAAUUUGCGUGGAGUGAAAUUUUGUUAAGUGGGGACCGCUUGCUGUCCCUUUUUUCUUGCAACACAAAGCCACGAGCACUAUUUUAAUUGAUGCGCUAAACUGCAACGGGUGGAUCCUUUGCCAAAAUGUGGGCCGCAGCAAGGGCUCGGCAGUGCCAGCUCCUUGACAGUCACCCCACCGCAGUGGCGGCAUAUGAAAUGCUUCCAAGCAUUGUAGCAGGCGUGGGGAACUACAAUCUCCGUCAGCCCCAGCAAGCAUGGCCAGUGGCCAGGGAUGAUGGGAGUUGUAGUUCUGCAACGUCUGGAGAGGCAAAGUUUCCCCCACACCUGCAUUAUAGGGUUGAGUGUGUGUGGUUAAAGAGAAACCAUCCCCUGAGAUGCCUCCGUAGUUUGUGGUAGGAUGCCGUGAUACCGGAAGGUAGCUCCCCUUGAGCUCUGGUCCAAUGCUUAGGUCGCUUUCUUUUCGAAUCUCAAAGAUCUCAACCUUCUCGCAACUACCUAGGAGGCUUAGAAAGGCCCGUUUCUUUGUUAGCGAUGGAUUGUUGAUGAGGUUCCUCACCACCUUCUCUUUCAUUUUGUCAAUGUUACAUAUAGAUUAGGAAAUGUUUCUCCGCUUCCCCUCUCCCACAAAAUGUUGCACUUAACCUCUUUAUGUCAGGUGUUUUGAUGUUGCUGGAGAUCUUUCUGUACACACACUGUCACCUGCAUUUGCAGCUCUCUGUUGACAAGGGGCUGUGGUUUGUGCAUUCGUGCGCUGUUCUUGUUUGGAACUUUGCAUUAAAAGCUUAGAAGUGA